GCCCCCUUUUCCCCCACGCCCCCACGGAGCGGUGGAACAGUAUUUUCGGUACCCCCUUUUCUCUCUGGCGGCUGCUCGAGCGGUGCAAGGAUGUGGAUUCAGAUUCGGACCAUUGACGGAAAAGAGACCCGAACCAUUGAGGAUCUUUCUAGACUGACUAAAAUCGAGUCUUUACGUUUGAAAAUACAAGAGAUCUUCAAUGUUAACCCGGAACAACAGCGGCUGUUUUACAGAGGGAAGCAGAUGGAAGACGGCCAGACGCUGUUUGACUACAACGUCGGCCUCAACGACAUCGUCCAGCUUCUCAUCCGCUCCCAGACCGACCCCCCCGACAGUCCCACUCUAAACGAUUGUGAAGGUGUCGCCCGCGCUCCAACUCCGACUGCACCAGCCCCCGCCCCAACUCCAGCCGUUCCCUUAACGACGACCGUCACCAACAACAACAGUAACAAUGGCAACGGGUCUAAGUCCAACAGUCCGCCCUUAGCCAGUCAGCCUUCGACCUCCUCCCGAUCCUUCCUCAUUGACCCAGGAAUCGGUUUGUACAAGAUUAAUGAACUUGUGGACUGCAGAGACCUGAGUUUGGGCGCUUGGUUCGAAGGCAGUAUUGAGAAUGUUACACGUUCCAAAAAAGGGCAGAACAGCAAAGCAGACACAACAGCCCCUGCAGCCAAGGUGGGCCGCCCCAGCAAAAGGACUAAUGGCAAGCUGGAGCAGGAGCCUGCCUCCGUGUCUGCACUGGACAAUAAUGGCACGCAGACACUAAAUUCGGACAGUAGCGAACCCUCCACUUCUCAAACAGACUGCACACAAGAACAAGAGGAGGUCGUAUACCAUAUUAAAUAUGAAGAUUACCCAGAGAAUGGCGUCGUGGAAAUGUGUCCGGAGGACGUGAGGCCCAGGGCGCGGACUAUGCUCCGUUUCGAGCAGCUGCAGCUUGGCCAGGUAGUGAUGGUGAACUACAACAUAGAGAGCCCUGAAGAGAGAGGCUUCUGGUACGAUGCUGAAAUCACCUCCCUCAAAGACAUCUCCAGGACCAGUAAAGAAGUCCGUGUCAAAAUACUUCUCGGAGGCCCUGGGGACGUUAUUGAUGACUGUAAGCUGGUCUUUCUGGAUGAGAUUUACCACAUUGAGAAGCCUGGAGCUCCAGCUCUGUCUCCUGCAGAUGGGGAGUUCAAACGGAAAAGCGGUCCGGAGUGUAAACAUUGCAAGGCGGAUCCGGACGCGGAGUGUCGCUUCUGCUCGUGCUGCGUGUGCGGGGGAAAACAGGACGCACACAUGCAGCUCCUGUGUGAUGAGUGUAACAUGGCGUUCCACAUCUACUGCCUCAACCCUCCCCUCUCCACCAUCCCUGAAGAUGAAGACUGGUACUGUCCUACCUGUAAGAAUGACACUAGUGAGGUGGUAAAGGCAGGGGAAAAACUGAAGGCCAGCAAGAAGAAGGCCAAGAUGCCCUCAGCUACCACAGAGAGCCAGAGAGACUGGGGAAAGGGUAUGGCCUGUGUUGGACGCACUAAGGAAUGCACCAUUGUUCCAUCAAAUCAUUAUGGCCCAAUUCCUGGCAUUCCUGUGGGGACGACAUGGAAGUUUCGUGUCCAGGUGAGUGAGGCAGGAGUCCACAGGCCUCACGUUGGAGGUAUCCAUGGUCGCAGUAACGAUGGCUCCUACUCUCUGGUGCUGGCUGGGGGAUUUGAGGAUGAAGUGGACAGGGGGGAUGAGUUCACCUACACAGGGAGCGGAGGCAGGGACCUCUCAGGAAACAAGCGAAUUGGAGAACACUCUUUUGACCAGACUUUGACCCACAUGAACAGGGCCCUGGCGCUGAAUUGUGAUGCACCCUUGAAUGAUAAGGAUGGCGCGGAGUCUCGUAAUUGGCGAGCGGGAAAACCAGUAAGAGUAGUGCGCAGCUCCAAGGGCCGACGCAUCAGCAAGUACGCCCCCGAGGAAGGCAACCGCUAUGAUGGCAUAUAUAAGGUGGUGAAGUACUGGCCUGAGAUUGGCAAGUGUGGUUUUCUGGUGUGGAGAUAUCUCCUGCGGCGUGAUGAUAUUGAGCCAGCGCCCUGGACCCCUGAAGGCCUGGAACGCAGCAAGAAACUGGGCCUCAAAGUUCAGUAUCCCCCAGGCUAUCUGGAGGCCAUGGCCAACAAGACCAAGAAGGAGGCCAGUGUGAGAGGAGGGGGCGGGGGCUCCCCACGAGGCAAGAGGCAUGCUGGGAGGGGGCGACCAAAAUCUACAAGGCCGGCAAAGAGAGUGAAAGAAGAAGCGGAAGUGCAGUCUGAAACAAAAGCUGAUGGAGGGCCACAGAGCAAUGGGGGUCAAAAAACCCCCAAAGACCCAGAUGCACGUGUUGAAGAGGAGGAACCCAAAGCAAAGAGACAGAAGGAUGUGGAAGCAUUUCAUCUCUCUGAUCAACAGCGCGCUCUCAUACAGGAUGAUGAGCUGAAUAAAAAACUGUGGGACGAGGCAUUGGGGGCCCUGGUGGAGGGACCGAACUUCCUGAGGAAAGUGGAACAGAUCUUUAUGUGCGUCUGCUGCCAGGAGCUAGCUUACCAGCCCAUCACUACAGUGUGUCUGCACAAUGUUUGCAAGACCUGCCUGCAGAGGUCAUUUCGUGCAGAAGUGUACACCUGCCCAGCCUGUCGUCAUGACCUGGGUAAAGAUUACGUCAUGGUCCUAAAUAAGACAUUACAGCAACUGCUGGACCAGUUCUUUCCUGGUUACAGCAAAGGUCGAUGAGUCGGCCUCUCCUGAAGCAGACAUAUGGACGAGUCCCUACACAGCACACACAUACAUAUGCACCUACAUUUUCACUACAGCACUAACUCACACACGCAAUUCCAACCCAAAUGAAAAUGACCGCACAUAACAGCAUUGUGCAGAUUCACACACAGACACAAACAAACACACUCAUACAUGUAACCAUCCUGCAGCACCCAGCCUAACAGGAAUACACCUAAUUGGUCUGGACAGUUUUCAUCAUGAACUAAGCCAUCAUUCAGACUCCCCUAUGGACCUCAUCAAAAUAUCAGAACGCAUUUAGGACUCUGCUGUCUACCCAGACCCACUCUUCCUGGCCCUGCCUGUUUAAUAAGCACCCUGGAUCAACUUUUAUCUGUCCAGGAGAAGAGAAGUCAAUAAAGAGCCAUUUUCUAUCCGUUGCUCAUUUGAGGAUGAACCUAGGAACAUAAUAACUGAAGUGAAAGACAUAAUAAGAUCUUGAGGAAGUCAUAUCUGUACUGGAGGCCAAAGCAUGCACCAGUCUUUUAGCAUUGUUUUGACCAGCAUGUAAUGUUCCUUGGCGUACUCUAUGACAUCACGCUGCUCUCCUUCCCCUCACACUCUUAUGGGAUGGAAUAAAGCUGCUACGCUGCUACUAACUGUCCAGGAGAGCACAUUUCUGCACAUCCUAGACCCCAGAGACCGGUGAAAUCCAAACAAGGGUCUGUUUAUCAUACCGUCUUUUCGUGUCCUCAUUACUGGCCAUCCAUCCAAGUUCAAAUCCAAACUGCUUCUUUGAAGGAGAGAGCCUGUGCCUCACUCCAUGUUUGACGCCCUUGUUUGUUUGUUUGUUUGCUU